UUGAGCAUGUCGUCAUGGAUUCCUGGUGGUGCCAGCUAUAAAGGCACCGACAUCCUCUGCUACCUUAUCCCUCUCUCCCCUUAACUUGACCCUUACAACCAAAAGCCCAUCUCUCUCUGAGACAGAACAGCGCACAUUCCACCGACAGAAUGAGCACCUCCACCCCCAGCUUCGCAAUUGCCCAAGCCGUAGGCCUAACCGGCGCCGCCUGGCUAUCCGGAAACAUCUUCUCCCUAAGCCUGAUGGGCGUGCCCCCGCUGAUCGAAGCCCACCACACGGAGCAGAUCCCGCUCUCGACCGUCGUCAAGCAGUGGCGCACCAUCUACACGUACGGCGCGCAGCGCGCCCCGCUCAUCGCCCUCAGCACCGCCUCCACCUUCCUGUACCUGGCCUGGAGCGUGCGCGAGAGCACCCCGCUGAGCCUGAUCACCGCGCGCCACGGCUCCAAGGUCUACGGCCUCGCGGCGGGGUUGACGCUGGGCAUCGUGCCGUUCACCCUCCUGGCGAUGAAGAAAACCAACGACCGGCUGUCGCAGUGGGCCACGGUCAAGACCGAGGCCGAGUGGACCCCCGAGGCGGACGCGGAGGUCGAAGGCCUGCUGUGGAAGUGGACCUGGCUGAAUGCCGCCCGGUCGGUGUUGCCGUUGCUGGGGGGGUUGGUGGGGUUGGGGGUUUUUGCGUGAUUUCUGCGUCGAAGAACAUCUAGACUAGGGCUGGGAAGUGGUUCAAUUCUGUAUAUUAAUGCUGGAGUUAAUGGAGUUGGGGAUGUCGGGUUUUAUCGUUCGGGAA